CACACCGUAAUAAUAUGGCUGCUGCUAAACUUCCACCGCAAGUAUUGGAAGCAUUGUUUUCUUAUAUAGACAUAUCUGAUUUACGGAAUUGUGCUCUAGUGUGUAAGAAUUGGUACAAAUAUCUAAAUGAUGAGAACAACGAUGUAUGGCGAUUCAAUUGUGUGCGAAAACUCGCAGAAGAAGCAUUGAAAUCGGACGUUCUUAAAAAUGUCCCCACAUACAAAGCGAAAUUACGGGCAUUUUACCAUGCGUGGAAUCCAAAUGACUGUUCGAGGAAUAUGUAUGUAAAACAAAAUGGAUUCACAGUGCAUCGGAACCCUGUAGCACAAAGUACGGACGGUUCACGGGGUAAGAUAGGGUUCCGAGCCGGUCGACACUGUUGGGAGAUCUGGUGGGAAGGGCCUCUGGGAACAGUCGCUGUGAUAGGUCUAGCAACCAAAAGCUCUCCCAUUCAGUGUCAGGGCUACGUGAGUCUACUAGGCAGCGAUGAUCAGAGCUGGGGAUGGAACCUUGUAGACAAUCAUCUCAUUCACAAUGGAGAUAACCAAGGAAAUUAUCCAACGUUAAACAAUGCCCCUAAAUACCAGGUUGGGGAACGAAUACGAGUUAUAUUAGAUUGUGAUGAUAAUACGCUAGCUUUUGAGAAAAAUUAUGAAUUUUUAGGGGUUGCAUUUCGAGGUUUGCCGAACACUCCACUGUACCCGUCCGUGUCUGCUGUUUACGGAAACACGGAGGUGUCGAUGGUGUACCUCGGUCCUCCGCUGGAUGGAUGACACACUACCACACGUUUUAGUAGGAUUUAUAACUAAUUGUAUUCUGACUAGCAUCUCAGUGAAUGUGACUUGUGUUGUGACAAGCAUAUGAAUGAAUUGGACUGACCAUACUGAGAACAGUCAUAUUGACACUUUGGUUCCAUUCAUUUUGGAGUCACUUUGUCGGCACUUAAGCCUUAAUACAGGUGUGUAGCAUAUCACCAUCAGCACAUGUGAAGUAUACAGUAGUAAAUGCUAUAUCAACACAUGUGCCUAAUCCAUCAACAUGUACCAUAAGUCGGCACAUGUAAACAACAUGACAUACAAGUGAAAAACUAAACACAAAACCACAUGUGCACAACAUGUGUAUACUGCUAGAUAGGACCAGUAGUGCUUCAUAGACUUUUAAGGCUGAACUGUUGUGUGGAUGAGAGAAUGUGAGUGAACACUUGUCCGUGUAGAACUUGUAGGGUGUGUCCAUCAUGUGGUGUAGAGGCAGGGGUGAACAAUUCCGUAUCUUGAGUAGUAACCCACACGCUAAUGAAAAAUAAAAGAUUGGCUCCAUUCAAAGUAAAUAUUAAAUAUUUGAAAAUUCUUUCACCCUGAUGUUAUAUCCAGUAGCUGGUGUCGGGCAAGUGGAAUUGUACACCCUGAAAUGCACAAGUUACCUCCCUUGACUUUGGCCACUUCAUAUUCAUGCAGUUGUGUAUCAAUUCUUUACUCGAGUUACAAGGGAAGUAAAACACCUCAUGUGGGACUCAUGUAAGAAAAUAACUUCAGUAAAUGUUAGGGCUGUCACAAUAUAUCGGAAAACAGGUAUAUUGCAAUGCGCGGGUAUAUCGUAUCGUACAAUACAGAGAUGAGAUAUACAAAAGCAUAUUUUUAUGUAUCUGCUUGGUGUUUUAACUUUGCAAAUUACUAUAAAUUCUAACAGAUAUGCCA